AUGAAUUUAGCAAGGUAUAGCAAAGAGUAUAUUGAUGGCAUUGAAUCAUUUCUAGAUUUUGCUUACUCUUAUGGAGAUCCUCAUGGAGAGAAAAUUCAGUGUCCAUGUGCGAAAUGUUGUAAUAUUCUUUGGAACCGAAGGAAUGUAGUGUAUGAUCAUCUAAUAUGCCAUGGAUUCGUUAAAGGCUACACUAGAUGGAUCAAUCACUGGGAAUGGGAUACCAAGUUGAAUGUUGAUGAUGAUAUGGAUUACUCGUGUGAUGAUAUUGAUGGGUUGUUGAAUGAUCAAUUUAGAGAUUUUGCACAGGCUGGAGGUGUUUAUGAUGGUCCAAAUGAAGAUGCCAAGAAAUUCUAUAGCUUACUUGAAAAGGCAAACCAAGAAUUAUAUUCUGGUUGUAUAGGUUUCUCUAAAUUAUCAUUCACACUUCACUUAUAUUUGUUGAAGUGUUUACAUGGAUGGAGCAAUGAAUCAUUCACUUCUCUUCUAGGGUUAUUAAAAGAGGCGAUGCCCGAGUUGAACAUUCCUCAGUCUUACAAUAAAACCAAGUCUAUGGUUAAGAAUCUUGGUCUGGAUUAUGAUAUAAUUGAUGCAUGUCCAAAUGAUUGCAUCUUGUUCAGGAAUGGUCAUAAGGAUGAAGAAUUUUGUCAUACUUCUGUAGCUUCACGAUAUAUUCAAGCUCCUAAAGUUUAUAGUGCGCUUGAGUCUUCAAAAAAACAACAUCGAGUUUCUGCAAAGUCUUUGAGACACUUUUCAUUAAUUCCUAGACUCAAAAGGCUAUUUAUGUGCUCAAAGAUGGCAGAUUCAUUGAGGUGGCAUGGAGUGGAACGUUCUAAAGAUUGA